AUGGUUGUACCCACCUUCCACGCCCGAUCAUUGACAGAGCUGGUCGCGCUUCGCGCAACCACACAAAGCGACGAGCCGGCCGUCCACACAGGCGCCGCCGAGUUUGGAGACGAACUCCUGACUCUCACAUACUCAGAUGUUGCUUCUGCUGUCGACCGUCUUGCGGCCUACUACGCGGACCUCGGGUUGCAACCCAAGUGCGCGGCAGGCGAAGUUCCUCCCGAGCGCGUGAUAGCCGUACUCACGUCCACGGCUAUCGAUGAGUCGCUCCUGGAGAUGGCUCUGGCGAAGCUUGGCCUUACCUCCCUCCUCCUGAGUGUGAACAACAGUGUGGCCGCUGUCGCCCAUCUCUGCAAGCUCACCAAGUCAAGCCACCUCGUUUACGGCCCCAAGUAUGCCAACACCGCUGCUGAGGCCCAGAAGAUGCUUGCCGAUGAUGGCAUUACCCUCGAGACUGUGGCCGACAAGCGCUUCCCAAUCUGGGGUCCCGGUGGUGUCCGUGACUCCAAGAUCCCGACCUACCCCGCACGCCUUACCCCAGAGCAAGAGACCAAGCGCACCUGCGUGAUCCUUCACUCGUCUGGAUCAACGGGCUUCCCCAAGCCCGUCUACGUUACCCACUAUGGCCUCAUUGCCAACGCGGCCGUCAGUGUCCCCAAGACUGGUUUCAGCGCUCUGCCACUCUUCCACGGCUUUGGCCACUUUUCCAUCUUCCGCUGCCUGUACCACGGCAAGGCGUUCACCCUCAUGCCUCCUCACCUUCCCAUCACCAGCGCCAACAUUGUGCGCACCAUCAAGUCCUCCCCUACCCCACCCGUGCAGCACUUUGCUGUCCCUUACGUCCUCAAGCUUCUUGGUGAGACUGAGGAGGGAACCGCCAGCCUGGCGUCGAUGGAGGCCGUGUCGUUUGCUGGUGCCGCUGUCCCCGAUGACCUUGGUGACCGCCUCGUUGCCGCUGGUGUUCCUCUGUACUCUCAGUACGGCACUACCGAAACUGGAGCCCUUCUCACCUCUCGACGAGAGUACGCCGACGACAAGGCAUGGAACUGGCUUCGCGUUGAGGGCCUGAUCGCGCAAUACCUCGAGCUCAUCCCUCAGGGAUCCAACUCGUUUGAAGUGGUGGUCAAGGACGGCUGGCCGGGCAAGGUGAUGAGCAACCGCGACGACGGUGCAUACUGCACCAAGGACCUUGUCGUUCAGCACCCCGACCACCCCACCUGGGUCAAGUACGUCGGUCGUCUCGACGACACUCUCACCCAGACCCUUGGCGAGAAGACCAACCCUGUGCCCAUUGAGUUGGCGAUUCGCGGCAACUCGCCCCUCAUCCAGGAGUGCAUCGUUUUUGGUGACGCCCGCCCCCAGACUGGUGCUCUGAUUCUCCCGUCGGACGCUGGUGCCGAGCUCAGCAAGGACCGCAAGGCGUACAUGGACGCCAUCUGGCCCGUCAUUGCCGAUGCCAACAGCCAAGCCCCCACCCACAGCCGCCUGUUGCCCGAGAUGAUCGAAAUCCUCCCGGUCGGCACCGAGAUCCCUGUCGCUACCAAGAUGAGCAUCCUCCGCCCGGCCUGCUACAAGAAGUUUGGCUCGAUCAUCAGCGAUAUUUACGAGCGCUUCGAGCAGGGCAACGGUGCUGCCAAGCAGGAGAUCACCUCCAAGCCCGAGAUGGAGGCGUUCCUGACCAGCACGAUUAUCACUGCCCUUGGCGAGAAGACAUCCGCCGACCUGAGCCCCAGCACCGACCUUUUCGCGUACGGUGUCGACUCUCUCCAGGCCACCCGUGUGCGCAACGUCAUCCAGAAGAGCCUUGAGCUCGGCGACGCCAAGCUCGGCCAGAACAUUGUGUACGAGCACCCAUCCAUCUCCCAGCUCUCGGACUACCUCCUGGCUCUCAACUCUGGCGCCACCGUGCAGUCAGCUGCAGACAAGGCCCAUGCCACCAUGGUUUCGCUCGUCGACAAGUGGGCUGCCCAGAUUGAUGUCACCGCCGCCUCGUCUGCCAGCGAUGAGCGUUCGUCGUCUGGCGAGGUUGUCGUUCUCACCGGCGCCACCGGAAGCCUCGGUGCACACAUCCUUGACCAGCUCACCCGUCGCCCCGAGGUGUCCCAGGUCAUCUGCCUGUCCCGCGCCAAGGACGACGCCGACAGUCUUGAACGUGUCCGCCAGUCACUUGCUCUCCGCAAGCGCACCGUUCCCAUGGGCAAGGUUGUCAGCUACGCUGCCGACGUCAACCGUCCGGAUCUCGGUCUCUCGCCAUCGGUGUACGACUCGAUCCAGUCGUCUGCCACGGCCAUCAUCCACAAUGCCUGGCCCGUCAACUUUGUUCUGUCCAUCAACAGCUUUGACGAGCACAUUGGCGGUGUUGUCAACCUCAUCAACAUGGGUCUCAAGUCGUCAUUCAAGCAGAAGCCGGCCUUCUUCUUCUCCAGUUCAGUCGGCACCCGCCAGGGCCGCCCUGAGCCGCUUAUUUCAGAGACCUUCCCCGACUCCCCCACCACGGCCGGUGGUAUGGGCUACGGCCAGAGCAAGUGGGUUGUGGAGAAGAUCAUGCAGCGUGCUGGCCAGGUCGUUCCCUCGGCGCGCUUCGGCGUCCUCCGCAUCGGCCAGCUGGUCGGCGACACCGAAAGCGGCGUGUGGAACGAGACUGAGGCGUGGCCCCUCAUGUUCCGCUCUGCCAACGAGGUCGGUGCGCUCCCCUUGCUCGACGAAAAGCUGCAGUGGUUCCCCGUCGACCAGGCCGCACAGGCCAUUUCGGACCUGGUGCUUGUGCCCAACGCGGCUGCCGGAUCUAGCGUGUACCACGUCCUCAACCCCAAGGAGGCCUCGUGGGGCGACAUUCUCGAGGGCCUCCGCCGCGGCGGCCUCAAGUUUGACGCUGUCGACCGCCUCGAGUGGCUUGCCCGCCUCGCCAAGAGCAACCCCGACGUGACGGCCAACCCCACGUACAAGCUCCUCACUUUCUACCAGAACCGUAUCGGCAAGGACGAGGAGCGUGCGCACAUGGACUUUGCCGUCACCGAGACGGCCAAGCUGUCCCCCACCGUGGCGGCAUGCAGGCCUGUGGACGCCGACCUGGUCGCGCUGUGGACCAAGAGCUGGAAGGAGAGCGGGUUUGUGCAUUAG